AUGGCGGCGGCUGGCACUCCUAAGUACCCGAGCAUGCAAACCCCUCGACUUAACCUGGUCCGUCUCACACCAAAGCACCUAGGCGGCUACCACGCCAUCUGGUCUGAUCCCGUCGCAACCCGCUGGUUUCCAUACGAAAUUAGCGAAACACUCGAAGAAAGUGCAGAGCGGAUGUUCGAUGUACUAUCCUCCCAAAACUUACACAGUGAGCAUUUUGCCGUUUUUCUACGCGAUGAUAUUGAUAUGAGCGGCCUUCGCCAAAACAACACGCAUCCAAUAAACUCCAAUGCAGACUCGAGCCAAUCAAUCUUUGAGCCUGGCUUCCUACUAGGCAUAGUAGGAGACUAUAGCUCAGGUUUCGUCCCGCAAGUCGGAUUCAUCUAUCAUCGCUCGGCAUGGGGAUACGGGUUCGCGACUGAAGCGCUGACUGUGUAUCUUGAGAUGCUAUGGGAGAGGCCGCAAUUUAAUGUCGUGGAGGCAGAAUGUGAUUCGGAGAACCAUGCUUCAGCGAAUGUCUUGAGGAAAUGCGGGUUUGAGGUGGUUGAGAUAUUGACAGGGAAAUAUGAGAUACCGUGGAAGAAGCCUUCUGCGCGCGACUACUUGAGGUUUCGACUUACGAGGCCAUGA